CGGCCGCCGGACAAGCUCCAGUUGCCACGGAAAACCAACCGGUGGCGACGUCCGGCGCCGUUACCCCCGUGCCCAUUUCGCAUGCCAAGAGGGCCCUCUUCCAGGUGAUGGCCGGUGGUUCGGCCGGCUUCCUGGAGGUCUGCAUCAUGCAGCCGCUGGACGUGGUCAAGACCCGGAUCCAGAUCCAGGCCACGCCCACAGCUACCGCUACGGCGAUAGGUGAGCUACACUACAAUGGCGUAUUCGACUGCUUCGCCAAGAUGUACCGUAACGAGGGAAUCUCCUCGUAUUGGAAGGGUAUCUUGCCGCCAAUCCUGGCCGAGACACCCAAACGGGCCAUCAAGUUCCUGGUUUUCGAACAGACCAAGCCAAUUUUCCAGUUCGGUUCGCCCACUCCCACGCCAUUAACCUUUUCACUGGCCGGGCUGACGGCCGGCACCCUGGAGGCCAUCGCCGUCAAUCCGUUCGAGGUGGUCAAGGUCGCCCAGCAGGCGGAUAGGCAAAAGAAACUGCUCAGCACAUUCGAGGUGGCCAAGGGCAUCGUCAAGAAGGACGGCCUGGGACUAAGGGGCCUCAACAAGGGUCUCACGGCCACCAUGGGUCGCAACGGAGUCUUCAACAUGGUGUACUUCGGGUUCUAUCACAGCGUGAAGAACGUGGUGCCGGAAUACAAGGAUGGCACCCUGGAGUUCCUGCGCAAGGUGACCAUUGGCUUCCUAGCCGGCACCUUGGCCUGCUUCGUAAACAUACCCUUCGACGUGGCCAAGUCACGCAUCCAGGGACCCCAGCCCCAGCCUGGAAAGGUGAAAUACCGCGGCACCCUCAGCUCCAUGGCCAUUGUCUACCGCGAGGAAGGAUUCCGGGCUCUGUACAAGGGACUCGUGCCGAAGAUCAUGCGCUUGGGACCCGGAGGCGCCAUCCUGUUGCUGGUCUUUGAAUACUCCUACGGUUAUCUGCUAAACAAUUAUUCAUAGUUUUUCCAGAGUCCUCGGUUCUAACCAAAUUAUAAGACGUCAUUUUGUAGUUUUGCUUCUUUGUUCUGUAAUGUAUGUACCUAGCUCCUAAAGUUUUCAAUCUAGGCUACAUUUACACCUAAGACUGUGUUUUAAGGGACAAGUUGUUAAGUA